UCCUCGCGUGCAGCGAGAUGGCUGAGAAGCAGCAGCAGCAGCGAGGUGACUGUGGCUGUCCUUACAGGAAGGGCCUGGCGAAAGCCGAGGAGAAUGUGCAUCCAAGGAAUUUGAUCCCAGAGCUCUGCCGCCAGUUUUAUCACUUAGGAUGGGUUACAGGGACUGGUGGUGGAAUCAGCAUGAAGCAUGGCAAUGAGAUAUAUAUUGCUCCCUCUGGUGUCCAAAAAGAAAGAAUUCAGCCUGAAGAUAUGUUUGUGUGUGACAUUGAAGAACGGGACAUCAGUGGUCCCCCACCACACAAGAAGCUAAAGAAGAGCCAGUGCACACCUCUCUUCAUGAAUGCUUACACCAUGAGAGGAGCAGGAGCAGUAAUCCAUACUCACUCCAAAGCUGCUGUAAUGGCCACACUUCUCUAUCCUGGAAGAGAGUUUAAAAUUACUCAUCAGGAGAUGAUAAAAGGGAUCAAGAAAUGCACAGCAGGAGGCUAUUUCAGGUAUGAUGAUACCUUAGUGGUUCCUAUUGUCGAGAACACACCUGAAGAGAAGGACCUGAAGGAAAGAAUGGCUCAGGCAAUGGAUGACUACCCAGACUCCUGUGCUGUGCUGGUCAGGCGUCAUGGAGUCUAUGUUUGGGGAGAAACUUGGGAAAAAGCCAAGACAAUGUGUGAAUGUUAUGACUACCUUUUUGAUAUUGCGGUACAAAUGAAGCAACAUGGACUUGAUCCUACUGCAGUUCCAAAGGAAGAAAAUGGGAUCGUUUAAUAACUCAAUAUCUCUUACCAAAAUGACACUAAUAUUGCAGUGAAAUAUCAACCCUAAAAUAGGUUUUAGGGUUCAUGCCCAAGCAACUUUUAACGUUUUGCACAAUAUGUGCUUAUUGGUUUUAGUGAAAUAUUGUUGCUAAAUACAGACCAUUUUAUGCUGUUUGUUAAAAUCCUGAAGGAUGCCCAAGCUGGAUUCCCAGUUGUGCAUAUUAAAGGAUCUGGGACUUCCUUUUCCCUUUACUUUCACAGUACAACUGGCAUGUUUCUUUAGGAUUUUCCUUGUGCCUCAUAUUCUCUAUCAUAAUAGCAUGAUCAAAAUGCAAAGGUCUUACAACUUUUCAAAUUAUUGUAAGGUCGCAUUUUGAAAGCCUAGCAUGGCACUAAAUGGAAAAGUUCUUUAAAACAGCUUUAAACUAAAUCAACAGAGAGUCUAUCUCUGGAAAAGCUAGAUAGUGUUGAAAGAGUGCUACGUAUAAAAGUACGCCAAAAUGAGAACAUUAGCCUUUUCUCUUUGAAAAGUGUAGUAGUAAUUAUCUUUUGCACUAUCCUCUUUUCCUCAGCAACCCCUAGGUUACAAUAGAUUUUCUCUUGGUUAAUUUUAGUGGAUGCCUUCUUUGUAAGUUGAGCAGAAGAGAAAAUGUAUGUAUCAAAAAUUAUAAUAUUUGAAGUAGAAAUGAGAAUCAGAUAUGUGAAAGUACAUGGUGACUUUCUUUUUUAUAUAAUUUUAUUCAUAAUUUCCAUUUUAUGUACAAAUGUACAAUUAUUCAACAAUCGUUCUAACAUUUCAAACUUCAACUCUCUUCCCCCUCUUUCUGCAGUUCUUUGCAUUUAUUUUCAUCAUUUCCUGCAUACUCCAAAUUAACUUUUUAUUUUAUUCAUCUAUUCUCAUAUCUAUCUCAUAAACAUUUUUGAAGCCGCAGGUUUUUACAAUAAUCCUACCAAUGUCUUGAGUUGUUUACAGUUUGUUUGUAAAUACUCAAUAAAACAUUUCCAUUCCUUUCUACAAGGUUUAUUGU